AUGUUGACAAUAAGUCAAGUUCUUAUAGCUGUGGUUGUAUUUCUUCUAAUUACACAGUUUUUAAAGUUGCAGCAAGUACGGAGAUGGCUUCCUCCUGGACCAAUUCCUCUCCCAAUUUUUGGGACCUUCAUACAGCUGAACUUUCAGUUUAAUCGUGAUCUCCUCAUGAAGCUGGCAAAAAUUCAUGGCAACAUAUUCACCUUAUGGUUUGGAUGGGCCCCAGUGGUUGUACUGAAUGGAUUUCAAGCAGUGAAGGAUGGUAUGACCACGCACCCUGAAGAUGUUUCUGGGAGGCUGGUGUCUCCUUUCUUCAGAGCAAUGGCCAAAGGAAAAGGGAUUAUGUUGGCAACUGGUCACACCUGGAAGCAGCAGAGAAGGUUUGCACUCAGGACUCUACGCAACCUUGGCCUGGGGAAAAGAGGUCUGGAGCAUCGAGUUCAAGAGGAAGCCCACUACCUGGUAGACUUCUUUGCAAGUAUGAAAGGGAAAGCUCUGGAUCCUUCUUUCUCUCUUGUUCAUUCUGUCUCAAAUGUAAUUUGUGCUGUCGUGUUUGGACAUCGUUUCUCCAGAGAGGAUGAGACCUUUCAUGAACUGAUUAGAGCCACAGAGGAACUGUUCAAAUUUGGGGGCAGCUUUAUUCAUCAUCUGUACGAAAUCUUCCCCUGGUUGAUGUGUCACCUCCCUGGGCCCCAUAAGAAGGCCUUGGCUUGCUAUGAUGUCCUGAGCUCCUUUACACGGAGAGAGAUCAGAAUGCACAUGGAGCGUGGGAUACCAGAUGAACUGCAGGAUUUCAUUGACUUUUACCUGGAUCACAUUGAAAAAUCCAAAGAUGAACCCAGGUCUACAUACAAUGAAGACAACAUGGUUUAUUCUAUAAAUGACCUUUUCCUGGGUGGAUCAGAGACAACAAGCACUACUUUGAACUGGGGUCUGCUCUAUAUGGUGGCAUAUCCAGACAUCCAAGAAAAAGUUCAGAAGGAGUUGGAUGCUGUUCUAGGUCCUUCCAAGUUAAUCUGCUAUGAGGAUCGGAGAGAACUGCCCUACACAAACGCUGUGGUUCAUGAGAUCCAACGCUUCAGCAACAUUAUCUCAGUUGGCAUGCCCAGGGUGUGUGUGAGGAACACAACGUUGCUUGGCUUUCCCCUCAAAAAGGGCACCAUAGUUCUUCCAAAUAUUGCUUCGUCCUUGUAUGACCCAGAGCAGUGGGAAACACCUCGACAGUUCAACCCUGGUCACUUCUUAGAUAAGGAUGGAAACUUUGUGAGCCAAGAAGCCUUUUUACCAUUCUCAAUAGGGCACCGUGUGUGUUUGGGGGAGCACCUAGCGAGGACCGAGCUCUUUAUUUUCUUUGCCAACCUGCUGCGGGCUUUCACCUUCCAGCUCCCUGAGGGAGUGGCAGAGAUCAACACAGAGCCCAUUCUGGGGGGUACCCUGCAGCCCCACCCCUACAGGGUUUGUGCCAUUCCACGCUAGGCUGGACGUG